AUGGCCGACCCCACGCGACAGAAAUCGACCGUCUUCGUGGGCGGGCUCGACAACCAAGUCAACGAGAACACGCUAUACGAUGCUUUUGUACCUUUCGGCGAGAUCGUGGAAGUGUCAUUGCCAAAGCCUGAAUUAAAGUCCAACCACGAUCCACAUCGAGGUUUCGGCUAUGUCGAAUUCUCGCUCGCUGAAGACGCGCGCGAAGCAAUUGACAACAUGGAUCAGUCGGAGCUCUACGGGCGAGUGAUCAAGGUCAACCAAGCGAAGCCGCAGAAGACCGAAAAUGAAGGUCUUGGUAGCAGGACAGCUAUCUGGGAGCAGGAGGGUUAUGCUGCCAAGUAUAACGUGGCGGACGGCGAGGAGAUGAAUGGCGAAGGAGACCACGACAAGCCUAUGGAUCCAAUGCAAGGGCUUGAAGGCCUAGACGAAGCUGGGCCGCGCGCACAGUGA